AUGGCUGCUAUGCCAAAAUUCGUUCACCAAGAAGAGGAGAGUUCUACCUCUGGCUCCCGCUCGACCGGUGGUACACCGCCAGCAUCUGGAGAGUAUCACCUCGAGGCAGUGAGGAGAGACUGCGGAUGGGGAGAAAAGGUGGUAUUGCAGAUAUCUUCCGCGGAAGAGAGAAUCAUGUCUCAUGUAGAGGGGUUUUUGAAUGUAUACACGUACCCCUUUACGUUGGGCCCUCUUGAUAGGGUCGUGCUCGGCUUUUGUCGAAGAUAUCGGGCUACCCUGGCACAGGUUGCAAUUUUGCUACUUUUUGAUGUAGUUGGGAUUUUGAUGAGAUCAAUAAGUUCAGAGAGGUACAUUGUUGGAGAAGGCUAUGGUUGGGGUUCUGCCCCUUAUCCCGCUUAUUACCAAGAUUGGGCUAAAACUGUAAAGCUUAAAGCUGGAGAUGAAUUAGAGUUUAGAUUCGAAAAACCUGACGAUUUGCUGGAGAUUGGAAAAUUCGACUACUAUGCAUGCACUUCCAACACUGUUUUCAGGCCGUAUAGAGAGAGUCCAGCAAUAUCAUUCUUACUGGCACCUGGAGAAUAUUACUUCAAAUCCAGCAACAAUACCAAUUGCAUUAAUGACCAGAAACUUUAUGUAAAUGCAGAAGCUCCAAAUGAAGAUAAUGAUAAGUUUGACAACAACAGCUAGAAAGAAAGGCGGAAUCAUGAGGAUAAAGACAAUGAUCGCUAGAUUACUUUGUUUUAGAUUAGACAAUAACUUCUAGGAGUUAGA